UCUUCUUCUACUUGUUCGUGUGCAAAUAUGGAUCUUCACGAGUCAAUCUCCAGCCAGACGGAUAUUUCUUUCAUGCUUGCUAAGCAUGUUUUCUCCAACGCAGUUAAAGGCCAUACCAACCUGGUGCUUUCUCCUCUCUCAAUUCAAAUAGUUCUUGGCCUUAUUGCUGCUGGUUCUAAUGGACCUACUCAGGAUCAGCUACUCUCUUUCCUCAAGUCCAAAUCCAUUGAUGAGCUCAACUCUCUUUAUUCACAUAUUGUCAGUGUUGUCUUUGCUGAUGGUAGCCCCAAUGGAGGUCCGCGAUUGUCCAUUGCUAAUGGCAUUUGGAUCGACCAAAGGCUGCCUUUAAAGCCUUCUUUCAAGCAGGUCGUGGAUAAUGUUUACAAGGCGGCUUCAGAGUAUGUUGAUUUUCAAAAUAAGGCUGCUGAGGUUGCCGAUCAAGUCAAUCAGUGGACUAAAAUGAAGACAAAUGGUCUCAUCGAACAGAUUCUUGAUCGUGAUGCAGUGGACAACAUGACAAGGCUGAUCUUGGCCAAUGCACUAUAUUUCAAAGGUGAAUGGAAUGAGAAGUUCGAUGCUUCAGAAACAAAAGACCACGAGUUCCAUCUCCUCGAUGGAUUGCCUAUUCGAGUACCCUUCAUGACUAGCAAGAAGAAGCAGUACAUAGCAGCAUUUAAUGGCUUUAAAGUAUUGAGGCUUCCUUAUAAACAGGGAACAGAUACGCGUUGCUUCUCAAUGUACUUCAUUCUUCCAGAUGCACAUGAUGGAUUACCAGCUUUAUUUGACAAAAUCAGUACAGAACCUGGAUUCUUAAAUCACCGCGUUCCGUUAAGAAAAGUUAGUGUGGGCAAGUUUCUUAUCCCUAAAUUCAAAAUAACUUUCGAGUUUGAAGCUUCCGACAUUCUAAAGGGACUUGGCCUAACGUUACCUUUCUGCGGUGGUGGUCUCACUGAGAUGGUUGAUUCCACUUUACCUGAGAAUCUAUCUGUUUCAAAAGUUUUUCACAAGUCUUUCAUUGAGGUAAAUGAGGAAGGCACCGAAGCUGCAGCUGUUACCGCUAGUGUAGUAAUGACUACGUCUUUUAUAAUUGAGAAAGAAAUCGACUUUGUUGCUGACCAUCCAUUCCUGUUCCUUAUAAGAGACAACACUACUGGUGUUGUGUUGUUCAUAGGGAGCGUGCUGAAUCCUCUAACUGGUUAAUUAGACCAUAUUGCAUGAUUAUAUAAAACUUUGUAAAGGAAAGUUUACAGUUUCCUCACUUGUGUUUCUGUUUGAUGAGAGAUGCUAUGUAUCUAAAUAACCAGUUUCCUGGUUUGUGUAUUAUUUUGAUGAGAUCUUGUACUGUCUUUGGCACCUUAUAUAAUUGACUCUUCUAUGCUUAA